AAAAAAAAAAAAAAAAAAAAUUGCAAUCCUCCGGCUUCAGUCCCCCAAGUUGCUAGGAUUUCAGGCACCCCGCAAAGAUGGGUUCUUCCGCUGUGUUCUGGAGCUUCGAAGAGUCCGACGCCGGUGACUGGAAGUGAGGAAUCAGAGAAACACAGUCAAGUCCCAUGCCCUGGUUUCUGGCCUCAUCGAUGGGACGAGUGAAUGGUGGCACCGUUGACAUGGCAGGAGAGGUAGGCGUGGAAGAGGUCAGGGACUAGAGGACUACAUUUAAGGGGAGAUGAAGAGUUCUUUUUGGUCAUGUUCAGUUUGAAGUGUCUGUGGAGGUAUCCAAGUGGAAAACUCAGGAAAGCGACCUGGGAGCCUGGAGCCCAGCAUAGCAGUUGGGUCUGCAGCCAUGAGAGUCAUUGACAUUUAGAUCAGAGUCAAAUCCGUAAGACCAGGUGAGGUCACUGAGGGAGAGUAUGCAAGUCUGAUCCCAGAACCAGGGAGCUAGGAAUGCCUGUUUCUAGAGAGUGGGUAAAAGAGGAGAAACCAGCCACAAAAGACAGAGGGAGCCGAAGCCAAGGAGCAGAGAUGUAAGGCUGCCAGGACCGUGGUCUGGGGACAGACACCACGGGGAGUAGACUGAAAGUGAACAGGAGGUGGAGGCAGAGUGUAGGGAGAGGGCCGUGGGGCCAACCCGAAAAAUAAGAGAGACAGUAGCAGAGUGAGCUAGGACAGAAGCAGACAGAUGCGGGGCCGGGCCUGGCCUGGGAAAGCAGCCGGGACCUGUCUUCCAUCGCUCUGGAGAGAAGACAGAGGACACAGGUAAGAUGCAGGCGGAGUUGGAGGGCGGGGUGUGGCUGAUGAGAUGGUUUUCUCAACAGGAAUGAAGUGACCAGCUGAGGGUGGGAGAGAGAGCCUGUGAGGACCAUAUGGAAGAGUGACCUCAGGGAGUGGCAAUCUGACCUCUGGGGACACAUGAGGGAGGAUGUCAGGCCAGCAUGUCAUGCAUGCAUUUGAAGUGAAGUCAGCCACCCCAGGUACUCCAGGGAACAACGAGCGCAGCAGCUUCUCAGUUUCCCUUGGGCUUUUUGGGUUUCUUUUGCUUGGCCAAAAUCGCACUGCAGGUACCAUUCUAUAUGUUGUUUUGUGCCCCCACCCCUUACCAGGAUGCUGGAAGCAUUUCCCAUCCAUGUCUACACUCUCUGCAAAUGUCACUUUUCAUACGUGAAAUAACCUGCUGAGUGGAUGCUGCGUGCCCGGGUCACUCACCUCUCCCGCUUUUAUGGGACACUCCAGCUGUUUCCUGGAGAUGAUUACCGCAGUUUGAGAAAGAGGCGUCAGUCACACGAAGUCUACAGAGGAGAAAGAAGGAGGCAGCUGAACGGCCGAGAGGGGACCACAGGCCCCUGGCACCCCGGUCCCACUGCGCCCCCUUCCCAGGGGCUGUUAUCUGACAGGCGUGUUCCUGCCAGGCCACACGCUGAGUGGACACGCGGACAAAAAAAACGGGAGAGCUAGGCAACCUCAAAGUGUCCAGUGGUCAGGCAUGCAGAGUAGGAUGAAUGGGGUUGAGUGGGUCACCCAGGGAGGGGCGACCGCAAGUGCCCAGCAUGUGACCCGCAACCGUUUACAGCUGAAACACACAUUGCAACAGCCAUGUUUGAAGUGGCAACAGGACCCUUCAGUUGGCUGUUUUCCCCAAAAUACAAGUCCUUUUGGCAUCCCACGCUUCCUAGAGGAAGCAUCGCCCCCGGGACACCUGGUCAUAGGCAGAGUAUGAGGGACCCAGUCCUCUCCCCCAAGGCCAGUGGGACAGGUCUCUUUUCUCUGGGUGACGAUGUAGGGGCCCACCUGUGAGACACGUGCUCACCACCAACAGUGGCCAAUCGGGGCUGCUGGCUCUGGGGCCAGCUGAAGCCCUUCUAGCUCUGACUCUUAUGAUUAAACAACGCAACAGUCACCAGGGUCCUAUUGGGAGCCAGGGACAGAGCAAUACCAUCCAUUGACAGUAUCUUUUGUGCCAGACUGGGCUACCUGGGCACGACCUCCCAACCUGUACCCACGGCCAGCGAGGAAAGUCCUCGUGCCACCCGAGAGGGGAAGCCAGCAUGUGGCGAUGAUGGCGAGCGCCCUGCAUGGCCUUUCCUGCAGCAUUUGCACAUCACAGAUCUUAACCGCAAGGAAAGCGCCCUCAGUGGUGGGCAUCAGACACCAGGUGGCCCCUGGGAGCUCCCAGUAAGGGUUAAGGAGCCCAGUAUCCCCCAUCUUUGGCCUUUUGGGGACAGAGCGGGGACCAGAUGCCCGCUGAGGUCUUGUUUGUGUGUGUUUGUGGAUCUGAGUUCCUGAUGUGUGUAAUCAGCAACAGGCCUUCCCGGCUGGAACCGGAGCUGGCGCAGGGCCAGGGCCUGCUGCCUUCUGGGUGAGUAUAAGAGCUGCCCAGGGCAGAGGUGCCAGCCACCUGCUGGGGGACAGGAGUUUGGAGCCAGAGCUGCUGUACAGACGGUCAGGUGGGCAGGGUCGGGUCUGGGUGUGGCCAGCUCUCUGCAGGACCCGGGAUGUGUACUAAAGACUGGAGGUAACUAGGGGUCCAGGUCUGGCAGGGUGUCCCCACCUCCAGGGCUCUCAUCUUUCCCUCCCUCGCCUCGUGAGUGACUGAGGGACUGAGUCCCAGAGGCCCCUAGGUGGAAGCUGAGUAACCUCUUGUUAGGGAGUUGGGCCUGGAUUUCUCAGAGGCAUUGCGGGGGCUGGUAGUAAGCAUAGCCAUUACCCAGCACACUGGGGUCAUCUCAUGGAAUUGAGGAUGUGAGGAUGGAGGCCUGGCUAAGGAUCCUAACCCUUCAGGCAUUGCCUUCAUUUACUCUUACAACAGUCUCCUGAGGUAGAUAUUAGUGUUUCACAGAAGAGGAGACUAAGGUACAGAGAUGUUAAAUAGCUUGCCCAGGGUCACACAGCCAAGAAAGUGUUAAAACCAGGACUUGAGCUCCUUGACUCCAGAGGCUGUGCUCCCCACUUCCCACUUGCUUUCUGGUGCUAGGGAUGGAACGCAGGGCCUUGUGCAUGCUAUGUGAGGGUUUUACCACCAAACUACACUCCUGGCCCCAAAAACUGUUUUUAAGAGCUCUGUUCCUUUGCCCUGGGCACACCCUUCAAACUCCUGCUAGAAGGCACUGGUCGGCUCUGAGAGGGACCCACACUGCAGGCUAUCUGUCCCGUGAGGGCCUCGAGGUGAUCUGGUCCAACACGCUAGAUGUUACAUGCAGGGAAACUUGAGCCCAGCCGGGCAAAUGGGCUUAUCCACAGCCAAGCAGGGAAUCAGAGGCCCUGGACCCCCAGCCUGGGCUUCAGGCUCCCUGGAAGAGCUGCAGUCCCUGGGCCAGGCUGUCAGAGGGCAGGAGGUGGGAGGGCCUGACAGCUGGCAUCUGCUCCGUGUGGCUGAGGUGUCGCAUGCUGUCAGACCCACCCAGGGGACGCUGGACCUGGGGGUGACAGGGCUGGGGACCAGCGCGCUGCGCAGGGCUGUGACAGAAGAAUGCGAGGUCUCCGUUGGCGUUACACCAGGCUGCCCAGCCAGAUGGAGGACACGGUGUCUGGGGAAGAGGGUGAGGAAGAGGAAGAGGAAGAAGAGGCAGCCCCAGGCCCAGCCCCCGCCCCUGCCCCCGAAGACCCCGUGGAGCCCCAGCUGACGGAAGCCAGCCAGGUUCUGGGUGCCUCGGAGAUCAGGCAGCUCAGCCUCCAUCUUCCCCCGAGAGUCACCGGCCACCCCUGGAGUCUCGUUUUCUGCACUUCGAGGGACGGCUUUAGUCUGCGGAGCCUGUACCGGCAGAUGGAAGGCCACAGUGGGCCCGUGCUGCUGCUCCUGAGGGACCAGGAUGGGCAGAUGUUUGGCGCCUUCUCCUCCACGGCCAUUCGACUCAGCAAAGGCUUCUACGGCACUGGCGAGACAUUCCUCUUCUCCUUCUCCCCACAGCUGAAGGUCUUUAAGUGGACAGGAAGCAACUCUUUCUUUGUGAAAGGAGACUUGGAUUCCCUGAUGAUGGGCAGUGGCAGUGGCCAGUUUGGGCUGUGGCUCGACGGAGACCUGUACCGCGGGGGAAGCCACCCCUGUGCGACUUUCAACAAUGAGGUGCUGGCCCGGCACGAGCAGUUCUGCAUCAAAGAGCUGGAGGCCUGGGUCCUGAGCUGAAGCCCCAUGCGAGCAGCUUCCUGGGGCACUAGGGACUCAGACCUGCUCACGGAUGCUGUCCAGGUCUUCCUCACACCCAGCAGCCCAUUCUGAAACAAGGAUGCCAGACUCUCAUGUUGACUGUGGCCCUUGGACAGCCUCCUUGUGGCCUGGGGACCCAAGACAGGAAUGGGGACAGACACUGCUCUCCUGCACAGGUGACUUUGAAUGUGUGAAAGACACAACUUACAAGAAGCAGAGUCCCUCAUGAAAAUUACUGUUACAGGAAUUCAACAAUGAAUGCGUGUUCAUUGUAGAAAACCUAGAAGAAAAUUUAAAUUGCCAGGUGUGGUGGUGCACACCUGCGAUCCCAGCCACUUGAGAGGGUGAGGCAGGAGGAUCGCAAGUUCAAAGCCAGCCUGAGGAACUUAGCA